CUUCACUCUUCACUCUUCACUCUUCACAAACUCAUCUCUCCUCUCUUUCGCUGGAACCAUAGAAGCCACAACAAGCAACCAAUCGAGCAGCCAGCCAGCCACCGCGUUCUGCAGCGACGGGUUUGAAGGCCGCGUCCUUGUCAUCGCCGAGCUUGCCUUCUCUGUGUUCGCCGGUGUCGCCUCCUCUGUCGUCGCCGUUGCUCACCUUCCUCCUCGCCGCCGGUUCAAAUUUUUCAAUUCUGCUCUGUUGAUGUAGGUUCAAUUUUCUCAAUCUGCGACUUUCUAUCUCUGAGUCGAAGCUGAGCCUCUGUUCCAUCCUCUUUUCGUAGAGUUUCUUGGUCUGCGGCGACCUCUCAUUGCCGUCUCUGGUCGUGGCAGCAUCAUAGUACGACAGCAACUCUUUCCUCCCUUCUUCAUUUCCAUCUUUGACUAGUACUUCAGUUGGCAAUGGCUUCCGAGUUUGCAAGCAUGUUGUGUGGUGUUUCCUCCUCGGAAUGACGGUGGCAGAUGCUAUCAAAAUACUCAAGCCCUUUGUUCCCAUGCCCAUGAGCUUCAAUAACCUUUCUUCUCUCUCUUCCUCUAUACAAAGAAGAGCCUUCAAUUCAUAUUCCCAGGAUUUUGUAAGUUCAAUGAUUUCUGAAUGAAGGCUCACCCCUACAUGAAGAGUGAUAUCAAAGUGUUGGAUAAGCUUUGUUUACUUAAUAUCCAUUCAAGAUGUGGGUCUAAAAAUUUAAUAUAACCCUGAACUUUUGUUGCUCAUCCUCCAACCGAAUGCUUACAAGUCUUUGAAACGAGUAGCAACAAAGAGACUAUCUUCCCUCUAACUUGUUUGAUUUUGAUAAAAAGAAUGGCAUCAACUUUGAUUUCUCGUGCUUCACAUAGGUUUCUCAAAUAUUCUUUCCUCUCAAUACAAUAUCCUUCCCCUUCCAUCUUCAAUCCUUUAAUCUCCACUAAACCAUCUAUAAGCAUAAACCGCAACUUCUAUCUUUCACUCGGUCCAUUUGGGCAAUACCACCAUCAGGAUUCUAAAUUUGAAGCUUUUAAAACUGUUCGAGCUCUCUCAAAUUUUCAGUUUGUUCAGCACAUCUCUACAUCACCUUCGAGUUUAAAAGAGGGAUCAGAGGGAAAUAAGAAUCAAAGUGGUAAUGUGAGUAAAGCAAAUAUCUCUUGGAUUGAUUUGUACUUGCCUAGGCAGGUUCAGCCCUAUGCACAGCUUGCUCGCCUAGAUAAGCCCAUUGGGACAUGGUUGCUUCUAUGGCCUUGUAUGUGGUCAAUUACGUUGGCUGCAACUCCAGGACAGCUGCCUGAUUUUAAAAUGUUGGCAUUGUUUGGAUGUGGGGCUUUGCUUUUGAGGGGUGCUGGGUGUACUAUUAAUGACCUCCUUGAUCGCGACAUUGAUACAAAGGUAGAACGUACAAAGUCAAGACCUGUGGCAAGUGGUCUUUUAACACCAUUUCAGGGACUUUGUUUUCUUGGUUUUCAGUUAACUUUGGGUCUUGGGAUUCUUCUGCAAUUGAAUAAUUAUAGCCGUGUUCUGGGUGCCUCAUCCUUGUUGCUUGUCUUCUCUUAUCCCCUUAUGAAGAGGUUUACAUUUUGGCCUCAAGCCUAUCUCGGGUUGACCUUUAAUUGGGGCGCUUUGUUAGGAUGGGCAGCAAUUAGAGGAAGUCUAGAUCCAACAAUAGUGCUGCCACUUUAUGCCUCUGGAGUUUUUUGGACACUUGUUUAUGAUACAAUCUAUGCUCACCAGGAUAAAGAAGAUGACCUAAAAGUGGGAGUUAAGUCAACGGCUUUGCGCUUUGGUGAUUUUACAAAGGAGUGGAUUACUGGGUUUGGGAUUGCAUGCCUUGGUGGUCUUGCUCUCAGUGGCUAUAAUGCUGAAAUAGGAUGGCCAUAUUAUGCAUUUCUGGCAGCUGCCUCUGGACAACUAGGCUGGCAAAUAUGGAUAGUUGACCUCUCAUCACGUGCUGAUUGCAAUAGCAAAUUUAAUUCAAACAAGUGGUUUGGAGCUAUCAUAUUUGGUGGAAUCCUAGCUGGAAAACUUGUAUCAUAGGGGUAAUUUGUCUGCUUGAAUAGUUAUUCUUUUGUCUUGUAAUAAUUUAUCAAAUUUGCAUGUAUUAUACCAAUUGUCAUGAGUCAUCAGUCAUCGCCUUAGGAUAUUGUAUGAUUUUACUUCCUUACCACAUAUAACAAUUUUUGCCUACAAGAAAAAGUUAAAUGUUCGUGUUAUUAUUUCUUUUGAACCAAGUGUUGUGAUUCUGAAAAACUAUCUGCAAGUGUGCCCAAGGAAUGGAGCAGCUUUCCUCCAAUACACUAUCAUCAUUACUUUU